GCUGGAGUCUGAACUUCAGGGACUGAAGAGUUUGGUUCAGUAUUAAAAACGUUCAGCAGGAUUUUACGGCGUCACAUUUCUCGGGUUGUUUGUUUCGUUAACAUGGGUAAAAGAAACAGAAACAGACAGAACAAGGAUGGACGAACGGAGGGGAAGAGGAGCAGAGAUGAUGCUGGUUGGGGUGCUGGCUAUGCCGAGAUCGUCAAGGAGAACAAACUGUUUGAGCAGUACUACCGUGAGCUGAAGAUCGUUCCUGACGGAGAGUUUGAGGAGUUUAUGGAAGCUAUGAGGGAGCCGCUGCCUGCCACUAUUCGGAUCACCGGAUAUAAAAGCCACGCGAGGGAGAUCCUUCACACUCUAAAGGAAAAAUACUUCAAAGAGAUCCAAGACCUGGAGAUAGAUGGGCAGAAGAUCGAGGCCCCCCAGGCUCUGAGCUGGUACCCAGAUGAGCUGGCGUGGCACACCAACAUGAGCAGGAAGAUCUUGCGCAAGUCUCCGCUGCUGGAGAAAUUCCACCAGUUUCUCGUCAGUGAGACCGAAUCUGGAAACAUUAGUAGACAGGAGGCGGUCAGCAUGAUUCCUCCUCUCCUGAUGAAGAUCGAGCCUCACCAUAAGAUUCUGGACAUGUGCGCUGCUCCCGGGUCCAAGACCGCCCAGCUCAUAGAGAUGCUUCAUGCUGACAUGAACGUUCCCUUUCCUGAGGGUUUCGUGAUUGCCAACGACGUGGACAAUAAGCGCUGUUACCUUUUGGUGCAUCAGGCCAAGAGACUGAACAGUCCGUGCAUUAUGGUGAUAAACCACGACGCUUCCUGCAUCCCACGCCUGCAGAUCGUCAACAACGGCAAGAAGGACGUCCUCUUCUACGACCGAGUGCUCUGUGACGUUCCCUGCAGUGGAGAUGGAACAAUGAGGAAGAACAUAGACGUGUGGAAGAAGUGGACCACCAGCAACAGCCUCCACCUGCACGGGCUGCAGUUGAGGAUCGCGGUACGUGGAGUGGAGCAGCUGGCUGUAGGUGGUCGGAUGGUUUAUUCCACCUGCUCUCUGAACCCAGUCGAGGAUGAAGCAGUCAUCGCCACCCUGCUGGAGAAGAGUGAAGGUACACUCGAGCUGGUUGAUGCGUCUGCUGACCUGCCAGGUCUGAAGUACAUGUCGGGGAUCCCAUCUUGGAAGGUGAUGACCAAGGAGGGUCAGUGGUACUCGGACUGGUCUGAAGUUCCCUCCAGUCGUCAAACUCAGAUCAGACCCUCCAUGUUUCCUCCUACUGAUGUAGAAAAGCUGCAGAACAUGAAGCUGGAGAGAUGUAUGAGGAUACUGCCGCAUCACCAGAACACUGGCGGGUUCUUCGUGGCAGUGCUGGUGAAAAAGGCGCCCAUGCCGUGGAACCGCCGCUACCCGAAUCCCAGGAAUAAGGAGGCCUCCUCCACCAGCGCCGAGCCGGUCCAGCCCGAGGUGGAAGCAGGAGGCGGAGCGGCGGAGAAGCCAUGCCCAGGAGACGGAGUGGCGGAGAAGCCAAGCGCGGGAGACGGAGCGGCGGAGAAGCCAAACGCUGGAGACGGAGCGGCGGAGAAGCCGAGCGAGGGAGACGCCGUGACUGAAAACACUCCAGAGACGGAGCCCAAGAAAGAGCAAGUGUGUGGACCCCCUCCUUCGAAGAAGAUGAAGUUGUUCGGCUUCAAAGAGGAUCCCUUCGUGUUCCUCACAGAGGACGACCCCGUCUUUCCCCCCAUCCAAGCUUUUUACAACCUCUCUCCGGACUUCCCCAAGCUCAACGUGCUGACCAGGACCCAGGAGGGGAAGAAGAGACAUUUGUACAUGGUGUCCGAGGAGCUCCGCAACGUCCUGCUCAACAACAGCGAGAAAAUGAAGGUGAUCAACACCGGCGUGAAGGUCUGGUCGAGGAAUAACGACGGAGAGCAGUUCGGCUGCGCCUUCAGACUCGCCCAGGAGGGUAUCUACACGCUGUGCCCCUACAUCAGAGCCCGUGUGAUCACCAUCAGUGUGGACGAUGUGAAGGUUCUUCUAACUGAAGAGAAUCCUUUCCUCAGCAGGCUGGGUGACGAUGCUCACGACCAGGCCAAGAAACUCGAAAUGGGCAGCAUUGUUCUGAGAUACCUGCCUGAUCCAAAAGAUCCAGACGCCCCUCAGUGUCAGAUCGAUCUGUGCGGCUGGAGGGGAAAGACGUCCAUCAGGGCUUUCGUAUCGCGUAACGAGUGCCAGCACUACCUUCGCAUGGUGGGCGUCGAGGUCUUCCGCGACAAGCAGGGCAAAAAGGAAGGCGGGGCAGAACCGUCCCGGGUGGAGGAGGGCGUGACCCAGGAGGCGGACGCAGUCCAGAAGGAGAACUCGGAUACGGAGCAGAACGGACCGGCGGAGACCAAAACGAACGGAGGGGAGGAAGUGAGCAGCACAUAGAUAGGGCAGCGGUGGCUCAUACAGUUGAGGUACCGAACUGCCAGGCUGCCCUUUUGGGCCCUUGAGUAAGGCCCUUAGUUCUCAAUUGCCUGGAUUGGAAGUCGCUUUAAACAGCGUGAACGUAAAUGUAGAUGUUAAGACCGAGCAGUUGAAUUUAGUUUGAACCAGGCUGAACUAACGGGGAUGAACAAGCUGCUCCCCCCCGUAACCUGUCUUUUAUAUAUUAAAAAUGGUCCUGGUCCCAGUUCCGUAGGUAAAGAGCCAGUUUGGAAUUAUGACUGUUUUGGAAUAGUUUGCUUUUAUUUUUGGAUUGUUUUUAUUUGUGAUUGAACAGUUUGUAACUUCAUUUCAAUCAAAUGUACACCGUCAUGUUUCAUAAUCUAAUCUUUGAAAGUGUCCUUUUUUUAAAUAAAUACCCAGAAUGCAUUUCGUUUAUCACCUGUUACGUUAUGUGUAAUGUAAAUACUUCAUAUUUUAUUAAACCUUAUUGAAGUCUCA